AUGAAAAGCGCUACACAACGUAAAGGGCUGACGCCCCUACAAAUGGCCGCCACGUUGGGACACACGCCCCUAGUGAAGUGGCUGCUGUUGAAGAAGGCUUCGACGGGAGUGAAGCCCGAUCCCUACCUCAUAGCGUGCUCCCAAGGCCAUCAAGAUACGGCGAACGUUAUAUGGAAGAUGAGCAAAGGAUUCGCGAUCGAAUACAAAUGA